AUGGCUACAGGCUCAGCCAGCCCCCGAUCCUAUGGUUGUUCAUCAGGCGAGUUGCGAGGGAACCUCAGUUCACCCGAGUUGCGAGGGAACCUCAGUCCAACUCUCGGGGAGCGCGUCGAAGGUAAGAGAAAUGUCACUAUAGCCAGCAAUUUCAUCAAGGGAAAGACUGAGGAGGAAGAGGAGGAAGUACAUCAUGAUCAAACAACCACUUGGUCAAUGAAGAAGAAGCAGGCCAAUAGAUGCAUGAACAGCAGCUACGUCUCCAACCUGAUGACCUUGGUGAUCCUUGUUGAUGCGGUGUGUACCAUUGCUGAUAUUGACUACAGGGCCAUCGGCCAGAAAACUCCUGCAGUUUACCCCACUAUCUCGAACAUUUGCCUGGGCUUGUACACAGCAGAAGUGCUCACAAUGUGGAUCUUGCGGGGCAGGAAGGCCUUCAGACACUGGACGAUGCGCCUUGACAUAGUCAUCAUCAUGGCUGGCUUCACCGAGCUUGCUCUUGAUAGCUUGGCCUCAGACAUCAUGAUCAAUCUGGGUUUUGUGCCCAUUCUUCGAAUGGUUCGAGUGCUUCGUCUUGCAAGGCUUUUGAAGCGACUUCGAGCUUUUCGAGAGCUGCAAAAGUUGGUGCGCAUGAUGGCUACAUGCCUUCGGGCACUGUUUUGGUCUUUCGUUUUCUGCUUCAUGAUAAUGACAGUAUGGGCCAUGUUAAUCGUAGAGUUCGUUCACCCGAUCAUGACCCACAUGGACAGUCUCGCUUCUGAGCAAAUCUGCCAGAACUGGCCAGCAUGUUCUACCGCCACCUCCGGGGUGAUGGAAGCCAACUUGUUGCUCUUCAAAACGGUCAUUGCUGGCGACAGUUGGGGCGAAAUUGCCGUACCGGUCAUACGGGAGUACCCGGCCACUGCCAUAAUUUUCUGCGGCUCCCUGCUCACGCUAGUGUUUGGUGUGCUGAACCUGAUUGUGGCUGUGGUUGUGGACACAUUUGCAGAAGCUCGCCAACGGGACGUGCUCAACCUGGCAGAAGAGCUGGAGUACAACCUUGCAAAUGAUGUGAAGAGCUUGGAGGCAAUCUUCCAAAGAAUCGAUACUGAUGGAAGCGGAGAGGUAACUUUUGAGGAGCUACUAGAGGGAGCCCGUCGAGAUCCUCAAUUCCAAAGCAGGCUUCGAGUGAUGGACAUCGACGAAGCAGACUUGCAACAGUUGUUCGAGAUGAUUGACACGACUGGCGAGGGUCAGAUUCGAUUGUCAGAGUUCGUUGCCCCGCUCAGUCGAUGGGUGCAUGACUCCAAAACAGCCACGCGCUUCAUCAAGUACAAUGUGCUCAGAGCCUUGCACCAGCAAGAGGAGAUAUACGCGCAAAUGCUCGAGCACCAAGACGUGUUCACAGAGCGUAUGGCUGAAAUGCAGAGCAUGAUGAGCACCUUGUUUACCAUCCAGACCUCUCCAAAACGACAAUCAAGAGGACACUCAAGAGAAUCAAGCACUUCAAGUUUCACGAAUGCUUCGACGUCAGAGGAGCCUCAAGACGACACCCUGGAUCAGGUCCUGCCUCGGCAAUUGCCAGUCGUUCCGAAGCUGAGCGACUCUGAUGACGAGCCCGUAGUGCAACCACCAGUGUCCCAGACGCCUGCAGCCCUGAUUCUUGAGGCACCCGCCCAGCGGUCGGCACCUUUCGAAAUGCCAAGUGUUUCUUUGGACAAGCUCGAUGACUUUGUCAUGGCUACAACCGAGGCAGCACUUCGAAAGUGCAUGGUGCUAGUUGAGACUGCCUUGCAAGAGCGUGUACGCCAGCCGACCAUACAACCUCGAAAGCAGCACCGCACCCUGAGAUCAAGCCUGCGCGAGCGUCGUGGCGCUACGGGUCCUGGACCCGUGGGUCCUGGACACGUUGGUCCUGGAAAGGAAGCGCCAAGUGGCCAAAGCAGCCUCUCAGUGAAUUCCUUCGACAAGGGCGCAUCCUACGGACUAUACUCUCACUCAUUUGGGCAGGGCAUGCCAGGCGCGCUUAGCACCAACAAGUCGGUGAACAAGAUACCUCGUCGGCCUUUAGGUAGCUUUGCAGCACCUGGCAGCUUGCCUCCUUCCUCCUGGUUUACUCGAUUGGUUUCUUAG